GCAAAGUCCAGAGUCACUGGAAUCAAAGUUACAAAGUUGUGUGUUUUGGAAACAGAAAAUAUUGAAAAUGGCGUCUUAUCGCAGUGCUCGCAAUCAUGUCGGUUGGUUCGCCAAGCUAAGCUUGACAUUGAUUUUGGUGCUGAUUUUGCGACAAAAUGGAACACAAGCUUUGAAAUCAUUUGGUCCCUCCAUUAAUUGCGGCCCAAACAACGUUUAUCCUGAAAGUUGCAAACAUGGCAGUUUUAGCAUAAACUUCAACCCUGAGUUCUGUCUUCCACGCACAUUAUGUCGCAAAGGUGUGGGUGAGGUUUGCCGCGAAUAUGGCGGAAGCAGCGAUUGUAAACCGGGCUUGUACUGCAACUGUUACCACCGGUGCAGUGAGAAUCCCGAUAUCUGUCCAUUUUUCGGCAACGGUAUAUUGGAUUUAAAUGCUAAGAACUAGAUAAUGCAAAUACAAAGAAGGUUUUAGACACUUUUAUACUUAUAACGGUUUAGACGGCUCAGCAGCAUUAGUAUACUUAUAUGCAGUAUUUCUAUCUAUAGCUAGUUUAUAUAAAAGCCAUAUUAAUAUUGUAAAAGCUUUUGAAAAUUUAGAUUUUAAUAUGGUACUACAUUCAUCAUAUUCGAUGAGAUGAUAUUUAUUAUGACAUACAUAUGUAAAUUGUAGCGGAAACAAUUACUUAAAUAUAUAUAUGAUCAAAUAUUGAAAA